AUGGCCUACAAAAGUAUGAUCUCUACAUUGGCCUUAUUUCCAAUGACAUGGGCUGCCGCAGCCGACCUAACUUCCCACGUGGACCCCUUCAUGGGCUCCGAAAGCGGCGGCAACAACUUCCCCGGCGUCGCCCGCCCCUUCGGCAUGGUCAAACUAGGGCCGGACCUCUACGACGCCAAAUCCGACGCCUACUCCGGCUACCUAUCCACAGGCAACUUCUCGGGCUUCAGCAUGAUGCAUGAGCAGGGGACCGGCGGGGCACCUAAGUACGGAACCGUCGCGCAGCUGCCUCUGGUGGGGAAGACCAUCAAGGAUCCGUUGUCGAAUUUGACCGUGGAAAGGGAUGGUGAUGAUCAGGCUGAGUUGGGAUACUAUAAGGCGAAGACGGGUGAGGGGGUUAGUGUGGAGCUUGGGGCCUCGGCGCAUGCGGGGAUGUACCGAUAUGGUUUUCCUGAGGGGAGUCAGGGGAAUAAUGUGCUGGUUGAUGUGGCGCAUGUUUUGCCGUCGUUUCGGGGACAGGGGCUUGGGCAGGGUUAUAAGGGUGGGAAUAUCACUGUUUUUGCGGAUGGGCAUUACGAGGGCUCGGGGGUUUAUGAUAACGGGUGGAAUCUUUCGCCUGACUGGGCGAUUUACUUCUGUGGUUACUUCGAUACAACGAUUACCAGCAACAAGACCUACGUUGGAACAGACAAAGAUGGCAGCACCGAGCAACCCAGCGGGACCGCAUCGUCAGCAUCUACAUCGAAGCGCGUUGGUGCUGUGUUCUCUUUCAACGAGUCAGAGGUGACUUCACGAGUAGGCAUCUCCUGGAUCUCAACCGCCAAAGCCUGUCGCAAUGUCCAGGACGAGAUCCCAGCAAAAACAAACUUCGAUACAGUCGUCCAAGACACCAAAUCCAAAUGGAACACCAAAGUGCUCAACAAAAUUACCACGACAAACACCAAUUCAACAAGCCUGCAGUUGCUCUACACAUCGCUAUACUUCAUGCACUUGAUCCCAACGAACCAAACAGGCGAAAAUCCCAACUGGACUUCUAACGAGCCAUACUACCAAGAUAUUUUUACCUUUUGGGACCUCUUCCGCUGCACAACCUCUCUCCUCCAAAUCCUCCAACCAACCGCCUACGAAGAACAAAUCCGCUCUCUAAUUGACAUCUACCGCUACGAAGGCUACCUUCCCGACGCUCGCUCGUCAAACUACAACGGCCGCACACAAGGUGGUUCCAACGCAGACAAUAUCCUCGCUGAUGCUUACGUGAAAGGUGUCCGUGGCGCGGUAGACUGGGAAGAUGGGUACAGGGCCAUGCUGAAGGACGCGGAGGUUACGCCGGCAAACGAACCCGUUGAUUCCAUGGCGCCCGACUCCUCGACUAAAGAAGGGAGAGGGGCGUUGCCGGAUUGGAAGGCGUUGGGGUAUAUCACGCCGAAGUAUAGUCGGGCUGUUACGCGUGCGGUGGAGUAUUCAUGCAACGACUUUGGACUGUACCAGGUUGCUUCUGGGUUGGGAAAGAGCGAUGAUGCGGAGAAGUACUUGAAUCGAUCCCGCAACUGGCGGAAUCAUUUCAACUCUGGCCAGACUUCAUUGGGGUUCAAGGGGUUCGUGGUCCCGCGUAACUCGUCGGGAUUUAUCGAAACGGAUCCCCUCAAUGACAGCGGAUACUGGAGCGACCCGUAUUACGAGGCAAGCUCAUGGGCAUACACCUGGGCCGCCGUGCACGAUAUGAAACACAUGAUCGAGCUAAUGGGCGGACGCCAAACCGUGCUCAACCGACUAGACACCAUGUUCACGCCAGGCGCUGAUGGCUCUGACUCGGGGAUGAUUUUUGAUCCUACUAAUGAACCAAUGUUCAACAUCCCCUACCUCUAUCACUACAUCUCCCGCCCCGACCUCUCAACACUCCGCUCCCGCCGCAUCGCCAAAGAACACUACUCAACUGGCAAAUCCGGCCUUCCCGGAAACUCCGACACCGGCGCCAUGCAAUCCUGGCUGCUCUGGAACAUGAUUGGUCUGUACCCGAUAACCGGACAGACGACUUUCCUGAUCCACGCGCCGUGGUUCGAGUCUCUUGCUGUUGAUUUGGGGGACGGGAAGACGUUAGAAGUUACUGCGAGGGGCGGCGAUGCCGAUGGUGAUGGGGAGAAGGUUUAUGUGCAGGGAUUGAAGGUUAAUGGGGAGAGGUGGAGGAGGAGUUGGGUGGAUUGGAGUGAUGUUUUUGAAAGUGGUGGCAAGUUGGAGUUUGAGUUGGGAAGUAGGGCUGUUAAUUGGACGGAUGGGAAGGUGCCGCCUAGUCCGGCGUCGUGA